AACUCCUUCAAAGCCAGAGGAACCAGCAAAAUGGCAAGCACACUAGAUGAGGUUCAGGCUUUGGGGACCACACCCUAUGACUAUGAGUUUGCACUGCCGUGUGAAAAAGUCAGUAUCAAGGAGCUGGGUGCCCGGUUUCUGCCUCCUCUGUAUUCCCUGGUGUUCAUCGUGGGCCUCUUGGGCAAUGUCAUGGUGAUAGUGAUCCUCACAAAAUACAGGAGGCUCAGGAUUUUGAGCAACAUCUACCUGCUCAACUUGGCCGUUUCUGACUUGCUCUUCCUCUUCACUCUUCCAUUCUGGAUUCACUAUGUUGAGUGGAAUAACUGGGUUUUUGGCCAUGGCAUGUGUAAGCUUCUCUCUGGCCUUUAUUACUUGGGCUUAUACAGUGAGAUCUUCUUCAUCAUGCUGAUGACAGUCGAUAGGUACUUGGCCAUCGUCCAUGCUGUGUUUGCCCUUCAAGCCAGGACUGUGACUUUUGGUGUCAUCACCAGUAUUGUCACCUGGGGCCUGGCAGGGCUAGCAGCUCUCCCUGAAUUUCUCUUCCAUGAGUCCCAAGAGCUGUUUGAAGAGUCUAUCUGCAGCCCUGUUUACCCAGAGGAUGGGGAAGAAAGGUGGAAGAAUUUCCAUGUUCUGAGAAUGAACACCUUGGGGCUUGCUCUCCCUCUGCUCGUUAUGGCUGUCUGCUACGCAGGAAUCAUCAAAACGUUGCUGAGAUGCCCCAAUAAAAAAAAGUACAGGGCCAUCCGGCUCAUUUUUGUUAUCAUGGUGGUCUUCUUCAUUUUUUGGACACCCUACAACCUGGUUCUCCUUCUCUCUGCUUUUCAAGGAAUCUUUUUUGAUAACAGCUGUGAGCGAAGCAGGCACCUGGACCUGGCCAUGCAGGUGACGGAGGUGAUAGCCUACACACACUGCUGUGUCAACCCAGUGAUCUAUGCCUUUGUCGGCGAGAGGUUCCGGAAAUAUCUGCGCCACUUUUUCCACAGGCACGUGGCCAUGCACCUGGGGCGAUACAUCCCAUUCCUCCCUACUGAGAAACUGGAAAGAGCCAGCUCUAUCUCCCCAUCAACGGGGGACCCAGAACUCUCCAUCGUGUUUUAG